UAUGGUCGUUAUGCGAGGGUCAUGGUACACAAGCACGAUGAACUCCUUGUUAAACCACGUAUCUAAGGAAUCCAGUAGGAAAAAAUGAUCGCGGGGUGCUUCUAAUUAGAUGACAACUAACACAACUUUUAGUACUGAUGGUGCAUUCUUCACUUUCACAAAAAAAAUACGAUGGUCCUUCCAGUUCCACUGCGCUCUCUACUGGCGCUCGACCACGAUUGCACGCCACAGCCGCCUUUUGCAUUUUUGUAACCCUUCUCCUGUUUCCCGCUUCUAGAUCAACCUGUUCGGCAGCGAGCGUCUCCUCUUUGAUCAAGAAGCCGCGUCGUUCAGUAACCUUCGCACUGGACUCAGAUGGGUACUUAGCACCGCCAGAAGUCUUUGGAGCCGAUCAUGAUAACUCUUCUUUCUCAUCGAGCUCCGAAGACUCAGAAGAUUCUGGCUCAGGUGUGCAGGGAGGUUCGUGUAAGCAGGAUGAUUCUGACGAUAGUGAUGAGGAUGCUGGAGCCGCAGGAGAGCAGAGUGCCAGUUCUGAUGAACAGCACAUAGACAUACCAGAUGCAGAAGAAGCAUCUUCAUCUUCGAGUGAUGUCGAGGAUAGAGCAGAGGUGGCUGGACGAGGGGUUGCCAUAUCACCAAAACGGAAAACAUGCAUCUCCGCGCACCACAACGCUCAUUCUACUACCUGUACCUCCUCUAAAAAAGUCGAUACCGCAAAGCUGAAACUAUACGAAGAAGAUGAUCUGCGUAUUCAUGGAUCGCCAUCAUCUUCCUCAACAUCCAGCCCCAAUAUCGAAGAACAAGAUGCAAAUUCUAGUGCAGUUGUCGAUGUUGAGCCAGAGAGUGAGCAGGAGACUUUGGUCCGUCGAUUUACGAACUGGUGUCUUUUUGGUGGUGCGAAGAAUAAGAGCACAACCUGCAUCUCCAGAUCUGAAGAGGCUGAGCCAACAAGUCUCUCUGACUCUGUGAGUGACCUGGCAGACGAAGUUCGAUAUGCUCAACAAGAGCCACCGGUUAGCGGAAAAACUGCAGCUGGUGCGAGUCCUCCUAGAAGCCUGGAAGAUAAUCGAGUACCUUCUGGAAAAAAAACGCGGAAGCAACGUCAAAAGAGCAAUAAGCUGAAGGAGGGCUCACCGACGAAAGCUGAUCAAAAUGGCUCUCUCGCAAGUAGUCCAGAGCAGGAUCAUGCUACUGAUAUGCACCUGCUUACUGGAUCUUUGGCUAAUUUGGACCUUGAUUCGGCGGAAAUAGAAACUGCUGCGCACAGUCCAUCGUCAUCGUCUAAAACUAAAGCUAAAGGAGGCACCAAGAAAAGAACUGGAGGGAAUCCGUUCGGCACUGCUGAAGAUACACAUGAUCAAGGGCAAAGGCAAACCGAUGCUAAGGAUAAGCAUAAGGGUCAACAAGCUCCUCAUUCUUCCAGUAAGAAAAAACAUCAGACCAAAGAGGCAAGUACGAGGAGUCCUGCUGGUACGAAGGGCAAUCAAGAACUACCAGCACGACCAGGACAAGGACUCCUUCACAAGAUGAGCAGAAGAACAAACCAAAACGCCAAUGUCGAGGAAGACGCUGUAGUGACCAAAGCACAGCGAGAACGAUUGGAGCAGUUGUGUAGAGAAGAAGCUGAAGCGGCUACAGAUAAAUUUGUUCAGGCUAUCAAGCUUCCACCACCCACUAUUCUGCAACUCGCAGGAGCCGUUGCGGCGCAAAUCUGCAAAAACACUGUGCGUGACCUGACCGACCUGGCAUUUCUGGUGGUAGGUUUUGUGAAUGCGGUCUUUUUCCGAUGUCUUUUGUCGCAACUUAUGGGAGCUAUCCAGGCCUCUGUAGGAAUGAUAUACGAAAUUGUAUCGGACGAAUACGAUGCAGCCGAUUUAGAUGAUGACAUUGACAAACAGGCGGGACUUGAGAGCGCUUCAGCUGCUGCGAGAAAUUAUGGUUGUGUACUCACUACACUACUAGAUGUGAUUGAUGUGGAUUAGAAGUGAUAGCGUAGUCCUCAGUUGUAUUGAUUCCAAUUUACUCAUCCCGCCACCUGGGGUUCCUCAGCCUCUAAUUCGUUUCACGCAGUGCGAAGAUUUCACGCUUCCUUCACAAGCUGGCAAAGGCACUGCAAAUCUCGCUAAGUCGAUUAUUGGUCGCACAUCAAUUAGCCAGCGGUAUAGCAAGCGACUUAGUUCAGCAGCUCAGAGUAGAACGAGAGCGUGAAAUUGCAAGACGAGGUCCUCGAUAUGCUGCUAAGUGCGGACAAUUAGAUCAGCAAUGUCGGAACGCGGGAAGAGAAAAAGGAACGGCAUCAUCGACGUCUGUAGCAGACGAUGGAAUAGCAAGCUCAGGUGACAAAUCACCUGGAUCUUCUGGCGUUGGAAACAGCGAUGAGGUUCUGCAGGAACAGGAGGAAACGAAGCAAACUCCCCCAUCUUCAUAUCCAGCUGCGUCAUCAACUGCUCAACACAGCAACACUCAAGCAGCUGAGGGUGGUGACCGCACCAAUAUUAACCUUUCAGCAGCCAACUGCAAGAAAGCGGCCAAGAAGGCACUUGGAAAAGUCCGAAGUAAACACGACAAGCUCAUAUUAAGGCUCAAGAUGAUUCAUUUCCCAUUCCGAGGGUCAGAAAUAUAUUAUAUAUAUAUAAUUCCCCCGUUUCCUUCUAUCUUGGGAAUCUCAAGACAUGAACUUUCCUAAGAAGCAAGUGAAUUGCUUCCUUGUUCUUGAGCUCUAAUCAUACAAAAAGCAGGAAUGCCAAGAGAAAUGGGUGAUCAAGUGUGGUGCGAACUACAGAAACGCGUAUCUACAGAAGAGUAUCUACAAGCUUUCAUGCGUCAAUCGUCAACUGACUGGGUAGAAGGAGCAGGAGGAGGAGGGGCAGCGGGAUUAACGACUACUUCGAAGAAACAAGCACACCGAAAUAAGGGCAAAGGCACCUCAUCAAGUUCCCAAAAGCAGAAACCUGCUGUAACAAUCGGCGAUACAUCAACGACAAGAUCACAAGCAGAUGGUGAAAUGGACAAAAUUACUAGUGGCACAACUUCAUCUUCGACUAAGAACAAAUACAAUGCACAUCGAGAGGUAGCACUUGGAGAGCGAGACGCUGCUGGUCAAGAGUUGUUUAUCCGCACUGGUGAUCGCGAUAGUCGGCCUGUUCCUCGCCAGCAAGAUGACCAUAAGUCUGUACAAUUCAGUAAUGGGCGCUUUUACCCGCUGGAGCGAGACCACGAAGCACACCAUUCCCAUCGAGAAGCUGAGGUCGUGCCGACUUGUGAGACAGCCAAGGACUUUGUGUUUAAUGCCUUCGAGGAAGGUUUUUACCGGGGCUGUGACGCUGGAUGGAGGGGUCUGAGAAUGACCGCCCGAAUCCUUGCAGGGUACACGAUUCAACGUGCCUUCAUGGCAAAAGUGCUUAGAUCCAAUUAUGAAGAGGGCAGCAGGGUAUGUAACUAAAAAUUUAAUAAGUACAAACAGGAGUUGGUAUGACUAUGUCUGGAGCCAGGAGUGAUGUAGAUUUCCACUCCUGCGUUCGAACACGAAUAAUUAUUUUCAUCAUUAAUUUAAUUAGUUUUAGCAGAUAGGAGGAUACUUGAUGAUCAUAGUUACCCUUUUCUCUUUUCUAUCUUCCUCUGGUCUUUCUUUUUUCUAGUUAGGUCGGCGCCACCACAAUCGUUAAUUUUAGUGUGCAGCAACGAACUUACCUAACGUUUCUACUUGGUGUCCUCCAAUAAAUAUGUAUUCCUCUUCUAAUCAAUCCAUUAUCAUUAUGCCGCGGACGCGAUGUCCUCUCCAAUUACGACCGUUCUUUGGAAGGCGACCGGGUGGGCAAUCGGCGGUGAACUGCCUGUCAAUAUCGAAGGAGAAGUGGACUUUCAAUCACUGUUUUCGAAGUUGGAGGAAGACGACGCACUAGGUAGUGAGCAGAAGGCCCCUUUGCGCGCUCACGAUAACUCUUUGCUAAGUAUCAAAAGCCAGCAUGCAACUAUCCGAAAACAAGCAGCAAGGGAGUUAAAAACAGGUUUGAAAAAGUUGCUCAAUGACAUGGAGAUGGACAAGGCAUCAACAUCCGAAAAGUCAGAAUCAGAGUCACCGGAGAGCGACGAAGAAGAAGGAGAAGAAGACGAGCCCGCCUUUGUCCAUCAUGGAGAAUGGAUGAAGAUUCUUCUGAGGAGGGCAAAGUUUUGCGCUGAUUUGGAUGCUGCUGUAGAACAAGCACGACUAGAGGAUCAGAAUGACGAGGGUGUGAAGCAAGAAGUAGAAACAAACAGUAGCUGCAACUCCGACGAUUCAUCCUCUUCUCUAAAAACAACAACAAGGCGUCCAAGGAAUACCCCUGACCUCAACUACCGUGCUUUUGUUCACGACGCCUGCAUCCCCUCACCUGGCCUGCUACUACGGGACGUUGUUGUGGUCAUAUCACAACGGAUCCUAGUCGACGAUGGUACUUACAAGUCUAGUAUACAUGAUUAAGGCUUUAUAUCAAUCACGUUGACGUUACCACGAGGAGCGCAGGCAGACAUUGUUUCGUUUUUCUUGCAAGUUGUAAACUGCUCAAACGUCAGAAGGAUAAAGAAAUGUACCCUUGUGAUCAGCGGCACCUAGUCACUUCAAGUUGUUGAAGUCUCUAACACCACGAGCACCGCCUCGCUUUGAACGGACGUGGUAUGCUUCGGCCUCGGAUCCGAGUGAUGCUUUCACCACGAAACGAUGGGAAACAGGGAUUCCUUGCUCCAAAAAAGUACCUCCUUCUAAAACAUCAAGAUCAUGACCUACUCGUUUCUUCGGAACACUCGGGUGAAAAAGAUGACGGAGGAAUAGAAGGUGAUCAAGGUAAUGAUUGGCGAAAGACCAGUCAUGAACAGGAGGACGACAACGAUGGUGCUGUCGGGGAAGACUCAGACUCUGGCACAGAACUAAAAAAAUCAGAAGAGCAGGAUGCAGAGACAGCACGGCUUGAUGAUGUCACUAUGGAUGAAGUCAAGACUGAAAAUGGAACAAUAUUGGUUGUUGGUGACACUCCUCCUGGUGCAGGGGAUGUUCCGGAGGUGCAACCUGAUGCCAGUCACAACAUGGAACCACUGCAACAAUCUCUUACAGUUGGCGUCGAAAUCGAGAGGGAGAAGCCUCUACUUCUGGCCACAUCAUGUGAAGCCGAGGACAAACUACCUUCUUCUGCUGAAACUCAAGAAUUUUUAGUAGUGGAAGCUCCCGAGGACCAAGAGGAUGGGCAGAAUGCACUAGCUGAAGCAUUGAGUAGUCUUUCGCUUGGUAGCGGGCAGAAUGAUUCCGAAAAUGCUUCGAAGAAUGACGCUGAUGGUAGCGUCUCUCCCUCAACGUCAACCAUAACCACAACCUCAACCAGGACAAUCCAAGAUGACUGGGCGGACUUCGUUGGUGAUCGAUGGGUCGCUGAGUGCACCAAUUUUUGUCUGAGGCCAUUUCUCGGAGAAACUUUGGCGCAUCUGGAGGGGAAGAAACACCAGAAAGAAGCUAAAAAGAACGGGAACCAUUCAAGCAAAAGUAGUAAGGACGACGAGACUGUCGACCCAGACACAGUCUGGCACGAUCUAGUUGCUUCUUUGACUUCUACAGCUUCUGCUGUGCCAAGAAGACCCUCCUCAAGUAGCUCUGCGGACGCAGCGACUUCUGCAACUUCUACUUCUGCCAUCGCUAACCUGCUCCAAAUGUAUGAGAAAAUGCGCGCUGGGCUAGAUCCCAAUGCCUUGGAAACACUUCCCGCCGACAUUUUCGCAGAAGUUCUGGACUAUUCAUGCGGUCUCUGUGGUUUCACUGAUAUUGAUCCAGUAUCCACGUGUGUUGCUCCGAAGGAUUUGGCGAAGAAGAUGCACCAGGGGUCGUCGCCUGGUAGUGCCGAUUCUCGUACCGAUUCCAUUCUUCCUAAGCUCAUUGAUGCUUUCAUCGCGCACCGUCAUCCGAUCCAGUUAGCGUUUCGUAUCUCCGCUGAAGUGAACGACGAACGAAGAACGCAUCAGGUCAUAGAGAAUGUAGAUUCCGAAAACUACAGCUACAUCAAGCAGGAGGUGGAGGAUGUUGCGCAAUUUACAAGGGUGAGAAAAAGCAAAGGAAAGGCAUCCACUACAAGUACAGAAUCAUCGGGAAUCAAGAGAAGCCUGCUCUUAAGUGCCCGGAAGAAAAACGAACAAAAGAAGAAACGAAAGGGUAGGCGAAAGGGUAUUUUGUCCGAAAAACGACAUCGCGAGUGGACCGCCCUCACACAGCACUACGUCGGAGAGCAGGCAGAGAAAUCGCUCCUAUUGACUAAUGUUAAGGCUCAGCUUUCAAUGGUCAUUGGGGUUGGUCACUGAGAUCGAAGAAGCGACCCCUUUGGAGAACAGGGGAAAAGGAAGGGAAAGGAGAGACCUUUGAAGGGGGUCUCUUCCGUUCAGAGUCAUGAUGACCCUUGAAUGCUGAGCUUUAAUAAUGUCUUCGCCGAACGCCAUAUGGAUCAUCCUGUGCUUCGCCUAGACACUAUGGAAGCUGAGGAAAAGUUCCUUGAGGAGUUGUUAGCAGAUGUGGUCCAGAUCCGUCGUUCUCAACGUCGCUUAUGGCCUGAGAAGGCCGCGCGGUUUUUGAGACACGCUCUACUCCUGGAUCUCGACGCGAUCGUAGAAACAGUGCCUUUUGCGGGAGAGAUCGCCAAGGCGGCCACAAGAUUAGCCGACUGGGCCAAUGGAGAAGACACGUCAGAUUUUGUAGUGCAGUAUGCAAAGCAGCUGGAGGCAGAACGGAGACGCAAGAACAUGGAGGAGAGCCAAACUGGUAAAACUGCAAGUUCUUCUUCGUCUAAAAAUUUGUCAGCGAGUGGUAGUAGUGCCGAGAAAAACAGUCUUGCCUACGCGAAUUACUUGAAACGACAAGACGAGAAGACACGACUUGCCAAGAUACGACUAGCUGAGAGUCUGCAGCAAAGACGGAAGAACAGGCGCAAAAAGCUUAGUGACACAAUGCUUAUUAAGGGUUUCCACAUUGCAUUCUGCCUCUGCGCUUGCAUCCUUGGCCUUUUUUCAAGUGGAAAAUAGGCCAAGGAUGUUCUAGAGAAUGUAAUCUGCAACCUCUAAGCGUAACCAGUGUGAGCCUUCAAUACUCCCGAGUAUGGACCAGAUUGAAGAAACGCUGCUGCAGCGUCGUCGUGAUAGAGCUGCUUUGCAGAAGGAUGACGACUCUUCUUCAGAGUUAGAGGAAGUAUCAGCCACUCAAGCGAGAAAGCUGUGGAACAGUUUCGUCCACUUCAUGCAGGGCGUCGCUCUAGGACAAGCCUAUUGUGUCAAUUAUGAAUGUGAUGUUGUAUGAUUCCUACUACAAAUAAAUUAAAAUAGUUUUUCGUACUUCCAGGAAAAAAUCGAGAGAACUUUUACUCAUGAUUUAAAUUCAAAAGUGGCGAUAAAAAAAAUUAACGAUCAUAUUGCUAUUGUGGCUAUGGAGGGUGUUUUGGUGGUGGUGGUGGUGGUGGUUCCCGGUAUGUAUCAUGUGAUUAUCACUCUAAGUCUCCGUUCUCCUGAAAGGUAUCCAGAUGCGACAUGUGAGGCGACGGUUGGCCGAAAAUAUAGGUUGGGGGCCUCCAUGGGAAUACGAUCUCUUCCUUGGUGGCGGCCGUCCCCCAGAAGGACCGUUGUGCGUGUCAAAGUCGCAAAUUUCUGCGAGUUCUAAUCAAACAACUUCGAAUGGUGGAGGAGAUCAAGAUCUGACUCCUGAUUGGUCGAAGCGGGAAACUUGGAUAGAGCAGGUUCAAAUGGAAGAGGCGUUAUUAGACAAAUCGAACAUUGAUGUAGCUGCAGAGGAGUAUAGAGAUGCUAUGGGCGUAGGGAGUUCAUCUCCAAAGUCAUCUGGAAGAAAAAGACAACGGGAAAAGCGACCCAGAUGAUCCCUGCUGAGAUGAAUUCCCUAUAGAUACCUCUAAAAACGACGCGAUUGACCACAUCGACAAUGCAACGCUGCAGUUAUUGCAGUUGAUGUAUCCAGCUGAGAUUAUGGCAUAGAUGCUACAUUGCAUCCUCCACGAGGAUCCCUGACCUUAUUUCUUAUUUUGCAACAAGGAUGUUCAACAUGUGAGACGCACAGCCAGUCAUGCAGGCUCUAAUGAGAUAGAGGAUGAGAUCCUGCGUCGGGAUGCAGAGUUUGGAUGGGUGCAGCGUCAAGGGUGCGCGGUCUUCUUCGCUGCCUAUUUCUUUGCAAACUUUGCACGAGGAUGGCUCACCGAUAUCAUCCGGGAAAAGCGCGAACGUGAAGAAAAUUUACUGAGAGUUCAAAUAGAUCGAAUUUUACGGCUCCUUCAGGUAGAAGUCCAUCUCCAGAAGCAUCUUGGGGCCGUCCACUAAGGGAAAAGCAAGCCCAGGAUGACGCUCAAGAUGGAUUCCGGAAAGGUCUAAGAAUUGGGGUGAAAAGGAGUAAGAAUGGACCGCGGAUAGACCUCGAAGAGCUCAAGCUGAGAGGUCUGAUGAAACCGUUAGUCGCUUGCCUAGAAAUGAAAACACCCCAAGAUGUUACACGCUGCAUCAAGAAAGUACUGCUGCAAGAUGUCUAUCUUGUUGGAGGAGGUGAAGGUUCUUCAAGUCGAGGUCCUUCUUCAUCUUCAAGUAGAGGCUCUAGUAAAUUGUCGUCUGACGGUGGUGGCGGAGGAGGCGAAGAUGAAGCUGCUGGGUCUUCGAACAGUCCUACUGGUGGAGGCAGCGAGGAAGGAAACGUCCGCAGUGAAGGUCUCACACUUCAAGCCAGUCCCAGUGGCAAGAAAACAAAAAACAAUAACAAGAGUAAACGGGAUCGCAAAUACUGAAGACGAAGAGGACUGCGCUUCUCUUGCGAACUACAUGUCUCGCCUUGAAGAAUAACUACAUCAAGUGUAGUACUAAAUCUGUUGGUUGUGGACUAUGGCUUUUCUCUGAGCUACCAAUACCAAGCGUCUCUGUUGAAGAUAGCUUACCGCAUAUGCAUCCACAUUAUUUUUUAUCGUUUAUUUCAUAUGUUUAUGUUUCAUCGUGUAUUCCAAAUUUCUCCUUUUUAGCUUGAAGCAACUUCUUUGUUACGUGACCAGUGUGCUGUUCCUCGACGUCGUCCUGUCCAGCAUCGUUGAGCAUUCAGUUGGUCAUGUUGCAAAUGCUCCUUUUCCGGUAGAGCAUAAACAUUUUCCUGUGCCUAAGCAUAUUGUCGUUUUCUAGUGAGUUGCAAUUGGAAUUAGAGGUCGAAUUCGUCAUAUUCAGCUCCUACUUGUGUCUUGACUGGGACGGUCGCACCGUCAACACAAGGUGGAGAUGGAAGUAAGUAACUACUAGUGGUGUACCACAAGCACAACAACAUAAAGUGACCGCUCACGCUUGCAAAAAAGAACAAGAAAAGCUCCUUCAUAUUUCAGUCGUUUCGGCCGUUAUAAAUGCAAU